UUUAACCUUGCACUGUAUCAUAUUCUUUUUUUAAUUAUCUUUCAUAUCUUUGUAGCCUCCGUUUAUACUGGUAAGGUAUCUCAACGUUUUUUGCUAAUAAUAUCGUAUAUUACUCACGUUCAUUGUUAUUUGCUUUCUAUAUGGUUACGCAGAGAAGAAUAUCGAUGCUUUUUUUCGUAAACUGGCUCAGAGUCUCGCCGUAAUUUGGGAUCGUUCACAUGACUUUUCAUUCGAAACUCCGAACAACCCAUACGUCAAGCUGAAACAGAGCCCUUCAAUUUUCAAAACACCCCUACCCUAUGGUGUUACUAAAAGGACGUGUGAUAGAAUCGAUCUUUGCCUCCCUCCUUUUGAAGUGAAUACUGAAAUGACCUAUAAGAAUCCCCUAUACCACGAACCGCAAUUUCUAGAGACCGUUAGAUUGGUGCGAAAUAAAAUUAAAAAGUAUGAACAAGAUAUUAUUGUGCUUGCCGGAGUCACAGGAGGGGGGAAAACGUCAACUACAUUUGCCAUUGCUGCAGAACUUUGGGCAGUACAUAUAGACUGUUCCAAUUUUCUUUCAGAAUAUAAUAAUCAAUUUUCUGAUCUACUCGGUGCAGUUAGAGCGAAAACUCCACCUUUCAAUGAUACCACACUCCAGGAGUGGGCACUUCGCCAGCUCGACAUAGAUUUCGUCUCACGUAUGUUAAUACUAGUCAAAAUGUAUGUAGAGCAAAAAAUCAAAACACCAAAGGAUUGGCUAUUGGCACAACUUUAUAGUUUAGAUAAGAAAAGUAUAAACCUUAUUUGCGAAAACCUGUCAGAACUGAGCACAAGAGAAUUGUCGAUACUUAUACAUUUCAUCAAUCAAUGUCUUAAAAUUGAACGGAUCCUCUUUAUCCAAGAUGAGGCGCAAUGUCUUUGCCGACCUGAAUACGGAGAAUACACUGGAAGUAAUGAAUCAAACAAACCAUGGAAUUUUUUGCAGGCCUAUACUUAUCACAUGAUCGCUUUCAAAUUUGAAGUUACACACUUUAUUUCUGGCACUAAUAUGCAUAUGUCAAGCGGAAUAUCCCUAGUUACUAGUGUUGGAAAAGAACCAUCUCGAGCAGUGCAUCUUGUGUUGAAACUCCCUUAUCUCUCACCUGAUGAUGUUACCAAAGUUCUCGACACUGUAAUCAAUAUGGAAGGGGUUAGUCCUGAAACUCUUCUUUAUUUAGGAAAUAUUCUCAAAGGACGACCCCGAAACUGUGCGUCGUUUUUAAAAAUGCUAGCCUACCGAUCAGAAUUGCUAAAAGAUAAAGAUGAUGAAAUGGUUAAAACUAGUAAGAAAUGGAUCGAGAAAAUAACUAUGUCAAUGAUAAGCUAUUUGCGCAAUUCCGUCAGUACUUUGGCAAUCGGAGGGGUCGACCCAAGGAAGGCGAUUGUUGAUCUUGUUUGUUGCGGAAUUAUUAAUUCAACAUCGGCUGGUGCUGAAUUACUUCGACAUGGGAUUCUUCCUAUUCAGUCGCCAUCUUUCAUUACCCUUAAUUCUGAAGAAAUUGACUUCACUUCGAUCAAAAUCAAUCUAGAAUUAGAGUCUUACUUUAUUACGGCCAUUGGAAAAUAUUUUAUUCAUUUGGUAAUGAGCUUGAUGGUGCUUUUGCAUCAGCAAUUAUUGAAAAAUGCGGUCGUAACGUGCUUGAAGAACUUAAAAAGUGGACCGAUGAUCUUGAUCCACAUUUCAAGUUUCCAGAAUGGAUCACGCCUGGAAUGCAGUUUGUAACGGAAACAAAUCUAUCAAAAGCUGUUCCACUGGAUGUUUAUGUUAAAGACAUAUACCAAACAACCAAGUACCAUACUCAUGCUAUCCAACCGCCGCAAAAUGCAGGUUCUGAUCUUGUACUCUGUCUUGUAGAUAAAUCAAAUGAAUCAAAUAACGUGGUAUUGUUAUCGUUGAGUUCCGCUAUCUACGAUGAAAAUGUUACAUCAAGCAAGGUUAAAAAGCAAGCUUUCAAGGCGUGCCUGGGGUUCCAGUACAUGGAAGAAAAAAAAGAAAAUCUAGACCCCAGAAUAAGAAAAUGAAG